CUUGAAUGUGAAAAGCGGUGACAGCGCCGAGCAGCAAAACAACGAUGUGAUCAAAGAAACAAAAAAAUUCCUCGAGGGAUUAAAGCGGUCAAGAAGGCUGAGCUCGACCUGGCUAGCGGAUUACGGGUACGACGGCAAAAAUGGUGAUCCGACAUUACCCACGCGAGCAAGUUUCGACGACCACAAGAUGGUACUGUGCGAAACGUACCCGGCAGAGGAUUCUAAAAUCUACUCCUAUGAGAUGGAAUUCGAUGACGCUGAAUUCAGUCUGCCCACAGGUGACAUGCAGCGGCCUGAACAAAUAAAUAAGGAGCAAGCCAAAAAGAGCAAGAAGAAAGGCAAAAAGAAAAAAACAACCGACGUAGCGAAAGAAGCCCCCGUUCCCGAGAUAAGUCCCUCGAAAUCUUCAGACGACGUUAGUCGAGAUGUUGAGAGAAACGGGAACUCUUCAUCUGAAGAAGUUAAUGUAGAUUCUCGUCGAACCGGAAACCAGGACAUGGGGGGUGAGCAUGUAUCCAGAAGUGAGAAGAAGAAACUUUCAAGAAAGUCAUUGAGUCGAGG